AUGGACUGGGCCGAUGAUGUGCUCGCCGGCGUAGAGUGCAGCGACCAUCGGCAGCGGAAGGUGCCCCCCCAGGCGCUCGCGCCCAUCCGCACGCUCGCGCCGUUCGCCGCACAGGCGCCAGCCGCCGCGCCCACGGGCGCCGCCUGCGCCAGCGCCGCGCUGUACGGCGAGCGUGUCGGCGGCCUGCGCCACGAGGCGGCCUCGGCCGCCGUCGCCGCGGCGGCCGUUGCAGCAGCACAGCGCGCGCGGCUGCAGGCUGUCGCUACGGCGCGUGACCAGGCCGCCGAGCAGCACAGCAAGCCGCCCAUCCAGCAGCAGCAGCAGCAGCAGCAGCGCCCCGCGACCUCGGCCCUCCCCGCCGUGGAUCUGCUCCAGGUGCUGCACGCCGCCGCCGCCACGCGCAACGCGGGCGGCGCCACAUCUCUCUACGCUGCCCGCAGGGCUCAGGCCGCUGCGCUCGCGCCCACGCUGGCGCCCGUGACGGCGGCCCCUCAGCCGCCCAGCCAGGCCGCCGCUGCAGCCGCCACGAUCAGCAGCGGGUUCGCCGCGCGCCUGCAGGCCGCCGCCAGCGCGGCGGUCGCGGCCGCGGCGCAGGCGAUCCACAUCCCCGCCGCCGCGCGCCCGCCGCCCGGCAGCGGCGCCAGCAGUGGCAGCGGCGGGAGCGGCGCGUCGUCCCUGACCCACGGCCUGGCCGGGCCUGACGGCUGCGGCGCUGCUGCGCCCUGCGCACCGUGCGCGGACGACGACACGCGCCUGCUGAUCUGCAGCGACGACGAGAUUGAAGACGGCGACAAUGAUGACGACGGCAUGGCCAAGUCGUGCGGCGCGAUGGCCGUGACCAAGCGCCCCGCGCCGCCGGCUGCGGCGGCUGCAGCCAAGCGCGCAUCGUUCGCUGGCGGGGCCGCCGCCGCCGCCGCCGCCGCGCCGCGCUCGGCGCGCGUGCGGCUGCUGUGCGCUCGCGUCAGCAUCUACACGGACUGCUGCAGCCCUGCGGCGCUGGCGGUCGCCAACACCGUCAUGAGCAGCAUCAUGCUGCCAGGCGGCGUGUGCUACCUGCCCGUCUUCCCGGACUCUGUCGAGUUCCAGAUGGGUGCCACCUGGCGGUUUCCCUCGUUCGCCGUGGCCCUGGGCUCCUCCUACUUCCAGCGCCUGCUGGCCGCCGUGCCCCACCUCGCGCACGCCGCGCGCCGCUGCCCCGCAUUCGAGCGGUACUGCAGCGCGCUGCCGUCAGGCGGACAGGCCCCCGCCGCCUGCGCCAGCGCCAACGAGGCGUCCUCCCUGGAGUGCACCCUGCGCUCCACCCAGUUCACGUGCAUCUUCCUCGCCACCAAGGUCGCAGACCAGGUCCACGCGUAUGGCCUGCUGCGCUUCAUGCUCAGCUCGCUCACCCGCCAGCGCCGCGCCGUCACGGGGGACGAGGCGGCCAGUGUCGAGCUGGGGUGCCUCUCUGGCCUCGGCUGGCGCAUGGGGCCCUACUUUGCCGAGGACCCCCUGGGCGACAAUAGCGACAGCCUGAUAGGCCUCUUCUGCGGCGGCGCGCCCCGCUGA